GGUAUUCCACAAAGACCACCUUCGGCGUUGCCACUCCGUUCGGCUAUAAAUUCAGCGUUGGCCAGGUGUGGUUCUUGACCAUCUGCCACGACCACAAGCUCAGUCGUCAUACCAUUUCGCGUCCCUUCUGUGCUUCGCUCCGGACUGUUCUGCCAUAUCAUUUCUUUUCCUCGGUUAUACCCCCAGCAUUACAAAUUGUUUUCCUCCAUUUUAUACCUCUGCGAAAGCCACAGUCAGCUUUCCUUCACUUCACGAGCCACCUAAUUGAACCGUGUCGCACGUCAACUCUUCACGUGAAAAUAAUGAACAGCAUCGAGUUCUCACCCGCUUUCCUCCUGGGUUCCCUUGCCGAACUUGAUCCCUCCUUCGAGUCUUUGACCCCACUAAAAUCUCUACCACCCUCGCGGGGGCUAGGCUGUGACAUCUCGAUGGAUUCAAUGCACACCCAGUUUACCCUGUCACACGAUUUUUACCUUAGAAUAUGCUUCGAAUGGAUGUCCAACCCGCACGAUUUCAAGUUCAACCCGGAUGAACCCAUAGAAUGUCAGAAGACCACACCGUCCACACCAGCAUCUCCCCCUGUCAGCGCCAAAGAGCCAUCCGAGACAGACGUUGCUGUUGCCAAGUCGGUAUUGUCCCAAGGUUUGUGUGACAAACCUUGGAAGAAUAUCGCCAUCACCGAAUACGACGACGCGGAGUUCGAGGAACUGCAAGCGCGGUCGGCGGCCAAUGAGAUCGCAGAUGAUGGCCUGGUGUAUACCUGGCCGCCCGACUUAGCCGCCUACCGGAGAGAGGUCGAGGAGGAGAGGGGCUCGGGUGACGCAGAAGAAUGUGCUGACGAGAACGUUGUCCCAGCGAUCUUUCGUGGCGCUUCGCCAACUGUGUCGGCAAGCACAGAAGACUGUUCCCCAAUGAUGUCGAUGCCGCAACUAGAAGACGACGACGCCCAGGCGGGCGAUGUGUCGAUGGAAUCACUUUCGGAUCUUGAGGACGGCGCUCUUGAGAAGGUAGUGGGGCUCGAGAGGUUGAGACGCAAGGCGCCGCCUCCACUCUGUCUGGGUUGCAAGCAAGCAGAGCAUGCCUUCAAGGAGAUCGGAUUGACCCUGCUGAUUGAUGAUAGUGAGCUCACUGCACGUGAGAAGAUGAUGCUCAGUCCACUGACGGCAGGGAUAAUAAUCACUAGCAAGUUAUCAGCAGGAGUCCCCCGCCAUAAUAGGUUUUCUGGCGAUUUACUAUCAUUCUGAUCACUUAAUAUUCGUCUAUUGCUGUAGCAUAUACCCAAUGUGUCGGCGGUUGAAGGUUUCCUGUAUCUGCAUAUUCCAUGUACUGUAGCGAUAUCAUUUUUGGCACCACUGUGAUACAGACCACAGACAAACCUCAAAGCCUUGCACGUUGUAAACAUACUGUCAAAUCACUCACUGGCAAAAUGUCGUCGGGUUGUUAAAAUAACAACGGACGACCAUUGAACAUUCGAUCGACUGGACACCGUGGGGUGCUGAACCGUUCAACCUGAGAGGUAAUAGUAGUAGAUGAGUGCUUGAGCUGUCGCGGUUGUCUUGUUAAACGUUGACGACUUACUGACUUACAGUAAGUCGGCAAGUGCUUAACGUUCAACGAAGACAUCCCCGGAGAUUGAAAAUGCUAAAGUCACUUUAUCGCGACAACGACUACAUCUCAGAAAUUGGGUGAAGCAACCUGGUGCAGGUGUGGUUGAAGGAGA